CUUUCAAUAAGCCGUUACUGUGCACACGUCCCACACGUCCCCAGUCCCCAUCAUCUUGACUACUACUUAAACUUAAAUAUUUCCGUUAUACAAGUUCGUGGCGGCAGUCUUCAUUCAGAUUUUCUUCAGUUUGGACGCAGUUUGAAAUAAAUUUUCAACAUGAGUAGUGGUGACGUUGUAAUUGUAUCAGCAGUCAGGACUCCCAUAGGAUCAUUUUGUGGAUCCUUAUCAUCACUGAAAGCAUCAGAUUUAGGUAGUAUUGUUAUUAAGGAGAGCCUUGCAAGAGCUCAUGUUAAAGCCACGGAUGUAUCUGAAGUUAUAUUAGGACAGGUAUUAACUGCAGGUCAAGGACAAAAUCCAGCAAGACAAGCAGCUAUAAAAGCAGGCAUUCCUAUAUCUGUACCUGCGUAUGUGCUUAAUAUGCUAUGUGGUUCUGGUUUAAAAGCAAUUCUAAAUGGUUAUUUAUCCAUAAAAGCUGGAGAAAGUCAAAUAAUUGUGGCUGUUGGACAGGAAAAUAUGAGUCUGGCACCACAUGUGUCAUACCUUAGAAAUGGUAUAAAGUUGGGAGAUGGUAAUUUAAUAGACACAUUAGUAUUUGAUGGCUUAACAGAUGCAUUUCAUGGAAUUCAUAUGGGAAUAACAGCUGAAAAUAUUUCUAAGGAUUUUAAAGUAAGUAGAAAAGAACAAGACAAUUAUGCAGUUGUGUCUCAGAAAAGAGCAGAAAAUGCAAUUACUGCAGGCUACUUUAAAAAAGAAAUAGUCCCCAUAACAGUGUCUAACAAAAAAGGGUCAAUUAUUGUAGACAAAGAUGAGUUUCCUAAGUUUGGGACAACCAUUGAAGAUCUUCAAAAAUUAAAACCAGUUUUCCUGAAAGAUGAUGGUACUAUUACUGCUGGUAACUCUGCUGGUAUAAAUGAUGGGGCAGCUGCAGUAGUUCUUAUGUCUGCAGAAACUGCAGCCCAAAAAGGACUUUCUCCAUUAGCUAAAAUUGUUGCCAUAGCCCAAGCUGGAGUAGAACCGAAAGUAAUGGGUAUAGGUCCUAUUCCAGCAGUUGAGCUAGUACUGCAAAAAGCAAAGUGGACUAAAGAUGAAGUAGAUUUAUAUGAACUGAAUGAAGCUUUUGCAGCACAGGCAAUAGCUUGUGUCCAAACUCUUGGUUUAGAUCCUAAUAAAGUUAACAUAGAUGGAGGAGCUAUUGCAUUGGGUCAUCCUAUUGGUGCAUCUGGUGCUAGAGUAUUAGUAACGUUAUUACAUUCCUUGGAACGAACCGGGGGAAAUAAAGGUGUCGCAUCCUUGUGCAUUGGAGGUGGAAUGGGAAUAGCAAUUGCUGUUCAAAGGCAAUAAACACUUAGUUGGACUAGUCUGCGAAUUUUAUAAAUAUAAAAUUUUGUUGACAUAUGUAAAUUAUUUUAGAAUACAAAGUAUGUGAGUGUAUCACAUACUGCUUCUAUUAUGUUUUAAUUAUAACGGAAAACAAUGUUUUCAUUAAAUGUUAGUUGAAGUAUUAAACAUUUUUACAUUAAUGUACAGUAUUUUGAGCAAUGCUUGUUUAUUGCAAUUAGUUGUACAUAUGGAGGAUCAAAUAAAUAUACUGUAAAAAUA